AUGAUCAGGCGCUCUUUCAAAGUGACCCAAGAGGCAGGUUUUUUUUCAGGUAAAAUGUCGUCUGGAUCAUGUGUUUUUGGUGUCGGCGACUUAGCAAACGUUCUACAGCAACCACAUCUCGUCGCUCACAAGCUCUACAUCGACUUCGAGCCAGCCGCAUAUUUUUGUGGAUUGAAGGCUAUACGUUUACGAGAAGGCAGACCUAUGGAGCUGGAUAUCAGCCCAUAUCAAGAACUCCCACAAGUCGAGCUGAGCGCUGGUGUCCUCCUUCGACAACCUUACACACCCACUAUGGCUUUUCUAGCCACAAGCACCCCUUAA